AUGGACAGCAUUGAUGUAACAGUUAGAUUUAAGGUAGUUUUAGAUUUGAUAACAAAAAUUCCUGAAUUUAAUGGAAAUACAAAUUGUUUAGUUGAAUUUUUAGAUAGGGUUGAUUCAAUAGCACCUAUUCUAACAACUUUCGAUGAAACGACUGUUAGAAUGCUAUCCGGGUAUAUUAGGGAUAAAAUUGUAGGGAAAGCUAGGAUUGAGCUUCAAAAACAUGGAAGAAUUGAUGAUUGGUCACAAUUAAAAGAAAUUUUAAAAAUUAGUUUUGGUGAAAGACUGUCUGCUAAUAAGCUAUUAGAUCAAAUUAGAACAACAAGAGUAAAAACAACAAUAGAUGAUUAUUAUAAUAGUCUUAAUCUUUUAUUAAGUAGGAUAAAUAAUUUGCAUUUAAUUAAUAAUAACCGAAAUGACCAAUCAGUUAUUUCAUCCAAUAACAGAAUUGCUCUUGAUGCGUUUAAAAAUAACCUUCCUGAGCCUACGAAAUCUAUUAUUUUAAGUCGAAAUCCGAAUACUUUAAUUGAAGCAUACAAAAUUAUUCGUGAAAUUAAUCACCAAUCACAUGGACCAAAUGGUCAAUCCGAAUAUUUUAGACCAGUUAAUCGCUCUUCCAAUUUCAAAACAAGACAAGAAAAUAAUAAUUUACAAUCUGAUAAUAUUAAUAACUCAAAUUAUUCUGGUUCUAGCAACUGUAAUAAUAAUUAUAAUCCUAGAAAUUAUAACAACUCAAACAAUUCUUAUUCCCGUAACAAUAAUAAAUAUAAUUCAAGAAACUUUAACAAUUCAAACAAUUCUUUUUCUAACCAGACUAGACAAAAUCAUAACAAUAAUAGCCAAAUACGUAACACGACUCAAAAUCAAAACACAAAUAAUAGUCAAUCUGUAAAUAAUAAUAACACACAAAGUGGCCAAUCGAGAAGGGCAAGUAGAAAUGGUUCGCGAAAUUACAAUAACGAACCAAUGGAUGUUUCUCUUAAUGAACAAAAUAACACAAACAACGAAAACGUAAACCAAAAUCGAAAAAAAUUCAGUCAAACCGUCAAAACAACUACCCUAUAUAGUUGUUCAAACCCCUAUAAAGACCCUUAG